UGUGCACUCCACAGGGCGUGUCCUCGGUUAUCUCCGGCAGUGUGAAGUGCACUGGGGUAGUGAGUGUGGAGGGGUUUGGGAGCGGGCCGGUGGGGAUGAUGAUGCAGAGUUAGCUCCGGGUUUAACCGUCACCACAGAGCCGCUUAUCCUCCUGCACAGGACUGAGCUGUAAGAGUGUGUGUGUGUGUGUGUGUCUACAGGACUGAGCUGUAAGAGUGUGUGUGUGUGUGUGUGUGUACAGGACUGAGCUGUAAGAGUGUGUGUACAGGACUGAGCUGUAAGAGUGUGUGUGUGUGUGUGUGUGUACAGGACUGAGCUGUAAGAGUGUGUGUGCAUCAUGAGCUCGUAUUUUGAUGAACAUGACUGUGAGCCCACAAACCCAGAGGAGCAGUACAGACAGAACGCCCUGCUGGAGCUGGCCAGGUCUCUGAUGCAGGGUUUGGACGUGGACUUUGGAUCUCUGGACGUUUCCGAGUGGGAUCAGCGUCUUCCUCCUCCUGCAGCCAGAACUGUAGUGCAGAGUCUUCCUCUGUGUGUCAUCUCCCCACAGCAAGCAGAUAAAGGGCUGAAGUGUCCUGUGUGUCUACUGGAGUUUGAGGAGCAGGAGACAGUGCGAGAGAUGCCCUGCAAACAUCUGUUCCACUCCGGCUGCAUCCUGCCCUGGCUGGGAAAGACUAACUCGUGUCCUCUGUGUCGACUCGAGCUGCCCACGGACAACCCCGACUACGAGCAGUUUAAAAAGGACAAGGACCGGAGAAAACAGAGAGAACAUCGUCUGGAGGAUCUUCAUGGGGCCAUGUACACAUGACACACACACACACACACACUUUAACUGCAGGGUUUAAAUCAUGACAUGUGGCUUUGACAUGCUGCUGUCUCUCAGAUGCAAGUAAGUUGGACCAGGUUUAUAUAAAUAUAUAACUGAACUGUACACAUAUAGUGCUUUUUAUUCUUAUUACUGUCAUUAGGUUUUAUAAUAAAUAUAAUAUCAACCUUUACACUGCUCUUCUACAAUCAAAAUAAAUCAGGAUUUCCCAUCAACUGCAGGAAAAACGACAGAUUAUUAUUAUUAUUAUUAUUAUUUAUUCAUUCAUCAUUCAGAUUGUAAUCGAAUAGAAAUAUCUGACCAGAGAGAAAUCAUCAAAACCAUACGGAAAUCUUACUUUUUAUUUUUCCUUCUUUUUAAUA